AUGCUGGCUGAAACUGUUUGUGAUAUUGGAAAAAAAAUUUCUAUUGUUAAUAAUAGUCAACCAAAUACAUCAACAAAUUCAUCACCUGCCAGAGGAUUUUCAUCAUCUAAUGGAUCAUCAUCAUCAAUUGGUGGUGAAUCAUCAACUAUAUUAAAUCAUCAUAAUAAUGAUACUUUACAAAAUACAAUGGAUCAAAAUACUACUCCUUCAACUACAACACAAUCAAUUACAUUUGAUGUUAAUUUAAUAAAUAAAACAUUUCCAUGGAUAAGAAAAGAAUAUGAACCAACUAUACAAGGUUUAGAUGAUGAAUUAAAUGAUUUAUGUGAUUAUCUUAAACCAACUAAUAAUGAAAGAUUAGUAAGAUAUAAAAUAUUUAAUGAAGUUAGAUCUGUUCUUCAAGCAACAUUUGAACAUUGUGAAGUUUUACCAUAUGGAUCAAUGGCUAGUGAAUUAUUUUUACCAUCAUCAGAUAUAGAUAUUGUCUGUUUUAUGAAACAUUAUGUUCCAGAUCAUUUAAAUAUUGCAACAGAGGCAUUCACCAAUUCUAUACAUUUAGAGGUUGUCAAAAAAAUUGAGGGAGCAACGGUACCAAUAAUAAAACUUCGUAAUAAUUCAACACAAAUAAUGAUAGAUGUGUCAUUCGAUACACAAAAUGUUCUGCCAACAGUUGAUUUUUUAUUAAGAUUCAAACAAAGAAAUCCAAAAUUAACAACACUUGUAUUAAUAUUAAAACAACUACUUCAAGAUCAUAAUCUUAAUACAAAUACUGAUGGUGGUUUAUCAUCAUAUGCUAUUGUUUUACUGGUAAUUCGUCUUUUACAAAUAUUUCCUAAAAAUGAUUAUUGUAAUGAUAAUCUAAUUAAUGAUCAAGAUACAUUAGCUCAUUAUUUUUUAAAGUUUCUUGAAUAUUACGGUGUAUCAUUUGAUUAUGAAAAGAAUGCUAUACGUGUUAGAGAUGACGGUGCAAUACUAACAAAACAAGAAAUGUUUAGAGAAAUGAAUUCUAUGGAUUCACUUAAUCAUUCUCUACUAGUUAUUGAAGAUCCUAUUAUGCCUCAUAAAGAUGUAUGUAAAAAUUCCUAUAGAUUUGCUGCAAUUAAAAAUUUAUGGAAAUCAAUGUAUAUGACAUUUAAUGAAAUAUUUGAGAAUGGCUUUCAAAAUAAUGAUAAUUAUUUUGGUGUAUCAAAAUCAUUUUUUGUUAAAUUUAUUCAUCUACGUCGUUGCUCACCAGAGAUUAGAAGUAUUAUUGAAAAGGCUAAUGUUAAUUUUCAAGGUGAUAUUGGACCGUUUCCUAUAUUAUAUCCAAAUGGUCAAAUAUAUUCAUUUCAAUAUAAUCAAUUAUAUCCACCACCAUUUAAUUUGGUAAAUCAAUGUGUUCCUGGAAUGCAAUUACCGUAUAAUUCAUAUGCUAUACCUGUUGGUUAUUUACCUAUUACAAUGUAUAAUUCACCUCCAAAUGGAGUUCCAUUUCCUCAUCAAAUACCUUUACCAAAUGGUGGAACACCACAUCUUUAUCCAACACAUUUUGUUAUGCCACAACAGAUAUAUCCUGGAACAGUUAUCUAUGCAACUAAUUAUAAUAAUUCUUGCUAUCAUAGUAAUCCAAAUAAUUAUCAAACUUCUAAUCCCCAAGGACAAAGUACGGUGACAUCAGAAAUCGAGGAGGCUAGUGAAGAUAAAGAUAGUUUUUCAAAUUCUGAAUCUGAUGAAGGAAAAGAUUAG